UUUUUAUUGAUGUCCAAAACUUGCAAACAAUAUAUGUGUAUAUUUUGGUGUAUAGCGAGGAAAAUGUUUUUAAAACAAAAACUGUUUUAUUAUUUGACGUUUAUUUUCUAUUUUGAUAUGCGAUUGUCGAAAAUUCAGUGACACUGAGAGACGACAGAAGCGCUCACACAAAAAACACGUAUCAAUCAUGACCUAAAUUUUUAGUUUUUUUCGCUUCCUAUAUCCGUAAAUCCUUCUAUCUAUCACAUUAUACAAACGAAUGUAUAAUGAGCGACGGUGUCCUGGUCACCAUCAUCCUAACUGAGUCGACUGUCAGCACAUUAGGUGUUAACGUGCAAAAUGUGGAAGAGAUCAGCGAAAGUUUGGGUUCGACUUGGGUGAUUGAUACCAUGUACAAGACGGAUCUUUUUAAAAGGAACAGCAACAAGAGUUUGCUGGAAUAUCUGUUUGGUUCGAGUGAUUCUUUGGUGGGACAAGAGAUUGCGGUAUCCGUCGCUUACUUCUCGAAUCACUUCAAUCCGGAUUUUGAUGAAAUGGAUGAGGAUGAUGAGAUUGAAAUGAUCGAUGAAAGUGAAGAGCUGACACCGGAAAUGGUAUAUACUAGGCCGCUAGUUUCUGCGAAGAGUGCAGCACACGACCACAAAAUCGUGUUUGAGAACAACAAGAUAUUGUUGACUGCAACGAACGAAGAGCUUUCGCUGAUAGAAGAUUUCGAUUGGAUGUGUCGCAUUUGCCACGGGGGAGAAAGCUUAGGUGAUUUGCUAUCCCCUUGCAGAUGUCGCGGAAGCAUAGCCUUAGCGCACAUAGCUUGCUUGGAGAGAUGGCUAAAGGAGUCUUCGAAUAGCUAUUGCGAGCUGUGCAAGCACCAUUACCAAAUCGUCAGACAACCCAUGUAUAACGUCCCAUGGUCCGUAAUCGUAUAUCUGGGCAAUCCCGGUGACAAUCUGAAGGACAUAGUCUUCGAUCUGUUAGCACUAAUCCUGUACACUCCGUCGGCCAUAGCCUGUACUUAUAUGCUCAUGCUGAUCUGUGAGAACGUCACCAAAUCCCAAUUAAAGAACUCCAGGAAUUUGUCGGCUCAUUUGGUGGCGUUUUGCGCGGUUUUCGGAAUGGCUGCCAUAGAUUUCACGUAUUCCUCAUGGCUGAUCGUGACGUUCCAAAAGCACGUGAACGCAUGGAAGUCUUGGUACAGGACCAACAGUUUCCUGAAACUGAUCCUCCCCGAAUGGAAGAGGAAGCCCUACCGACAGAGUCAAUUCGUAAAAGACCAUUAAUUAUU